UUUUCCUUUUUCAAACACCUCUCUCUCCAUCUGCAGAACGAAACCAUCGACUUCAAUCUAUCCGUCGGAUGGCGUCUGAGGAGGAAGUGCCGGAAGGGACUGUGCAGAACAUCUUGGAUCAGGAGAGCCUGAAAUGGGUUUUCGUCGGAGGUAAGGGCGGUGUCGGAAAGACGACGUGCAGCUCCAUCCUUUCCAUUCUUCUUUCCAAGGUCCGCGCCUCUGUUCUGAUCAUCUCGACGGACCCUGCUCAUAAUCUCAGCGACGCUUUCCAGCAGCGAUUCACCAAAAUCCCCACAUUAGUCAAUGGCUUCACGAAUCUCUUCGCAAUGGAAGUGGAUCCGAAUGUAGAAAAUGAUGACUUGCCUAAUGUAGAAGGGAUGGAUAGCUUUUUUUCCGAUCUAGCAAAUUCAAUUCCCGGAAUUGAUGAAGCCAUGAGCUUUGCAGAGAUGCUGAGGUUGGUGCAAACAAUGGAUUAUUCAGUUAUAGUGUUUGAUACGGCUCCAACUGGCCAUACAUUGCGGCUUCUGCAAUUCCCCACAACAUUAGAGAAGGGGAUGGACAAAAUGAUGAGCUUGAGAAAUAGAUUCAGUGGCCUGUUGAAUCAGGUGACUCGAAUUUUUGGCAUUCAUGAGGAAUUUGGUGAGGAUGCAAUGUUAGGAAAGCUUGAAGGCAUGAGAAAUGUGAUUGAGCAAGUGAAUAGGCAAUUCAAGGAUCCUGAUUUGACGACUUUUGUCUGCAUUUGCAUUCCGGAAUUCCUCUCUCUCUAUGAAACAGAGAGGUUGGUGCAAGAACUUGCAAAGUUUGAGAUCGACACUCACAAUAUCCUCAUUAAUCAAGUACUUUUCGAUGAAGAAGGCGUUGAGUCCAAGUUGCUGAAAGCACGAAUGCGGAUGCAGCAAAAAUAUAUCGAUCAGUUCUACAUGUUGUACGAUGACUUCCACAUCACUAAGUUGCCCUUGCUUCCGCAAGAGGUGUGUGGAGUUGAAGCUUUGAAAGGAUUUUCUGAUAAAUUUCUAUCACCAUUCAAUCCCUCUACUACCGAAGAGACAGUAGAGGAUCUGGAGCAAAAGGUGUCCUUGCUACAGUCACAGCUUCAAGAAGCCGAGACAGAGCUAGAAAUACUGAGAAAAGGAAAGCAGAAGGCCUGAUCUGUUGGCUUCGAUUCUCUGUUCCAAUUCUUUCAAUUUUUUUUUUCCUGCUGCAGUCAGAUGCAAGUGGAUUGAGCUGCUUCUAAAGACUUACUGUAUCUGAGUUUCAAAGGCUCUCUCUCUCUCUCUCUCUCUCUCUCUCUCUCUCUCUCUCUCUCAUGCAAAUCCAAUUUCAUGGAUGUGUGUCAGCUCAUUGUUUUGGAUCUGAUUGCUGAACUAGAUUGGAAUCUAACUUAAGAAGUAUUUUAUCAAUAACAGAAACUUAGAAUAUCAACAUUUCAAAAUGAGCAUUCAUUUCAUCAGCA